AUGAAGUUCUGUAAGAAGUAUGAGGAGUACAUGCAAGGACAGAAGGAGAAGAAGAAUCUACCUGGUGUUGGCUUUAAGAAACUCAAGAAGAUUCUCAAAAAAUGCAGACGAGAUCAUGUCUCUUCUCGGAUCGCUUUAAACGAAGCAAUCAGUCAACAACACGGAAACAAUUGUCCUCGUGAAUGCACAGUUUGUGAUGGAACUUUCUUCCCGGAGCUUCUGAGGGAAAUGGAGGAUGUUGUAGGAUGGUUUAACGAGAAUGCUCAGAAGCUUCUGGAGUUGCAUUUAGCUUCUGGUUUCAAAAAGUGUUUUGCUUGGUUCAAAGGCAAUAAUCGGAAAAAGGACCAUCUUGGUCUCAUCCAAGAAGGCAAAGACUUGGUUAGCUACGCUCUCAUCAAUGCCGUCGCCAUUAGAAAAAUCCUCAAGAAAUACGACAAGAUUCAUGAGUCUAGUCAAGGACAAGCGUUUAAGACACAAGUCCAGAAAAUGAGAAUCGAAAUCCUUCAAUCACCAUGGCUCUGCGAGCUUAUGGCCUUUCACAUCAAUCUGAAAGAAUCUCAGAAAGAUUCAGGAGCUGUUUUGGCUUCUCCUGCAUUGUUUGAUGGUUGCUCUUUGAUGUUUGAUGAUGGGAAGCCUUUACUUUCCUGCGAUCUCUCUGAUUCGGUUAAAGUUGACAUCGACUUGACUUGUUCAAUAUGCCUGGACACGGUGUUUGAUCCGAUAGCUCUAACCUGCGGUCACAUAUAUUGCUACAUGUGUGCUUGCGCUGCUGCAUCAGUAAGUGUAGUCGAUGGCUUGAAAACAGCAGACCCGUCUGAGAAAUGCCCUCUUUGCCGUGAGGUUGGUGUUUAUAAAGGUGCGGUUCACUUGGAUGAGCUUAGUAUCUUACUUAGACGAAGCUGCAGAGAGUAUUGGGAAGAAAGGCGCAAAACAGAGAGAGCAGAGAGGUUGCAGCAAGCAAAGGAUUAUUGGGAUAAUCAAUGCCGCAGCUUCACUGGAAUAUAA